AUGCACCGUGAAGCUCUUGGAAAGCACGAACAAUGGCAGCACUACUUCAGUACUCCCUCCUCCUCCUCCCAUUCCUCUGCCUCUUCCUUGCUCUGGCCUUCUCUUCCGGCGAGGCCGACCCCAAAGUUCCGGCGAUCUUCAUCUUUGGUGACUCCUCUGCCGACGUGGGCAACAGCAAGUAUUUGCCCGGGGGCAAAAAUUAUUCCAAUAAUUUCUUACCAUAUGGAAUUGACUACCCUUCAGAGAACGCUAGUAACCCCACUGGAAGGUACAGUAAUGGCUACAAUGGCGCUGACGUCUUGGCACAACUUAUGGGAUUCAAAGAAAGCCCACCACCUUUCCGCUCUCUUAAUUGACAACAACACUUGCGAAAUUGAUAUUACGCGAGCAAUGAAGGGGUUAAAUUUUGCCUCGGGAGGAUCUAGACUUUUAGUGGAAAGCAGUGAUGGCGUCAUUUCCAUGACAGACCAGGUGAAGUGCUUUCGUAAAUUUCGGUCACAGCUCACUACACCUUACCCGCUGCUCUCUGAAUCUCUCUUCCUCAUAAGUAUCGGAGAUAAUGAUAUAGGUGCCUUUCUCAACGAAACCUACCACAAAAUGAACGACACCGAUUUUAAUAUUUUUAUUGAAAUCCAAAGCUUCAUUUCUAAUCUUACUGCCACAUACAGAAAUCAUAUAAUGGAUCUCUAUUUACUUGGAGGGAGGAAGUUCGGUAUUGUUAAUGUUGCACCUACAGGAUGCAUUCCUGUGGUGAAAGAUCGUUUGAACUUCACUGCUGGUGGUUGUUCGAAUAUAGUAAAUGCAGUGUCAUUUGCAUGCAACUAUGCGUUAGAGAUUCUUAUGAAUAAUCUGAGCUCAACAUUGACGGGGAUGAAAUAUUCUAUUGGAAAUUCCUAUGCUGUUUUCAUGAAGAUAAUUGAUAACCCUGGAGCCUACGGUUUUAAAAAUGUGACAGAUCCAUGUUGUGGAUCUGCUCUAUAUGGUUGCAAUAAAACUGCUACAGUAUGUUCGGAUCGUAGCCAGUACGUAUUUUGGGAUAAUGUACACCCUACAAAUGCAACAGCUAAAGUUUUUGGGAAUUUCGUUUAUGAUGGCUCAACCGAAUAUGCCUCUCCUAUCAACUUCAAAGAAUUAGUUGAAGAUUAUAACGAGUUAACUUCAGUGUAUUGAAAUGGUUCCUGUGAAGGUACGUGGCUCAUUCUGUGCGCUUCUGGUUGUGAUUGUUAUUAUCACAGUCUUAUUUGCUGUCUGAAGUUUAUGUUUUUUAUCCAGUUUAUGUCUUUUGUGUGGUUUUCUGUCUAUGAUCUCCACAACUAGUGGAUAUGUAUUGUGUGGUCUUCUGUCUAUGAUCUCCACAACUAGUGGAUAUGUAUUGUUUUACCCUGUGUACUCUGUCUGGUUUGCCUGUCAUUAAUGUACUCUCCUUUUUAUUA